CCGUUUAUUUCUAUUUAUUCGCAAGAGGAUUUUCGUUCGAAUUUCGUAACUCUUUGGUCCGCGAUAAGAUUUACGGCUGCUUCAGCAGUACGACGAAAAAAAGAAUGGCAUGAAUCUUGCCGAAAAUGCGAAGCGCAUCUUUUAAGAAUAAUCCUUUGGCAGAGUCCGUCUCGUUUCUUUCCCCCCUCGACAGUACCGAUUCGACGUUGGUAUACAAAUACGUUGCCGGCCGGUUCGCCGUAUAAAUGAAGUGGAAAGAACGGUGCGGCAGGCAGUUACUAGCAGUCGCUCGAAAGAAAUAAACAAAGUGAGCCAGAGAAAAAGAGAGAGAGAGAGAAAGAGAGCAAGAUUUAUCUAAAAGCUAAGGAUCAAAUUUGGUGCAUCUUUGAAGAUAUACUAUAAACGAUGUCUCUGGUACCAUUAAUUUUCUCCGAUUGGUGGGAGGAUUUGGAUCGCCCUCAUCGUCUCUUCGAUCAAAAUUUCGGACUCGGUCUUUAUCCCGAACAGCUACUUAGUCCGGUUUCCUUGGAGCAAUUAUAUCUAAUGCCGAACCGAGAGAGGAAACUAAGAAAUCCUUUAUUAUAUUAUAGACCGUGGGGUGAAUUGUUGCGUAAAAACGAAAAGGACGGUACCUCGACGAUAAAGGCUGAUAAAGAUAAGUUCCAAGUGAUUUUGGAUGUACAACAGUUCAAACCCGAAGAAAUAAACACCAAGGUUGUCGACAAAUGCGUCGUCGUCGAAGCUAAGCACGAAGAGAAACAAGACGAACACGGUUGGAUCUCGAGACAGUUUACUAGAAAAUAUCUGAUCCCUGAGCAAUGCGACAUAGAUCAGGUAUCGUCUAGUUUAUCGUCCGACGGUGUCCUCAGUAUCACGGCACCGAGAAAGGAGAAAAUGUUUAAAGGGCAGACCGAACGUUCGAUAAAGAUUGAACAAACUGGAAAGCCGGUUCUUCGAGAGAAAGAGGCAGAAAAGAAAAAAGAGAAGGAAGAGGCAAAGAAGGAAGAAGCGAAGAAAGAAGAACCGAAGAAAGAGGAACCAAAGAAAGAAGAAUCGAAGAAAGAGGAGUUAAAGAAAGAAGAACAAAAGAAGGAAGAAAAGAAAUAAAAAUAUAAUUUUCUUUUUUUUUAUUAACACCUCUUCGUCAUUAUAUCAAUGUUUCUCACCUGUCGUUACUUUCAAAUGUUUCCUUUUUCAUAAUCUUUCUACUUGUAAUUGAAAUUAAUAUUAAAUAAACAAACUUUAUUAACUUU